AUGAAUAUAUGGGUAGCCGCAAGUGAUGGACUUGUAGAUAAGGUCGAGGAAUUCCUCAAACAGCCUGACCUUACGGCAAACAGCAAAGACGAAAAUGGCUACACUCCCGUACACGCCGCUGCCUCCUAUGGUCAUGUCGAACUAUUGCGUCUACUCCUUAACAAGCAUAACGGGGAUGUAAACAUUAAAGAUAAUGAUGGCGAUACACCUCUCCAUCAUACAGAAGACAUUGCUGUUGCCAAAGUCCUUGUAGAAGAGUUCGGUGCAGAUUUUUCUAUUACCAAUGAGGAGGGCAAGACCGCUCUACAGGUAUUUGAAGAAGACUAUGAAAACAUACAGCUUAUCCAAUACAUGAAAGAAAAAUCCGGGCUGCCAUUGCAUCAAGAUUCCUUAGGAAUUGACAAAGAGCAACUAUCGCAGUUCAAAGAUAGUAUACGAUACACUCUUGAAAAUGAUCCUGUAGAUGACAAUGAUCCAGCUAGUGUAGCUAGAAGACAACGCUUAGAACAAAUUUUACAGGGAGAAAAUGUAGAACAGGAACUAGAAAGCUAUAUUCGCGAGACUAUCAGAGGUCAAUUUGGCCAAAGCAACGAUGAUCAGUCUUCAAAGAGAAGGAAAUAA